AGGCUGGGGGCGCGGGCGCCCCUCCCCUGCCCAGUGCCCCGCGCCGCGCCACGCGGCCCGCGGCCCGUGGCCAGCUCGGGGCCAUGCCUGCGCGCGGGGGCGAGCCAGCGAUCCUGUGCGCUGCGACGGCUGCUGGGGCGCUCUUGUGGCCCGCUGCGCACCUUGCCGCUGCGUUCGCGCCCGCCCGGCUAGCGCGGCCCGUGGCGGCGCCCGGCGCCGCCGGGCCAGGCCUCUUUGCGAGGGAGGCCUUGGGUGGCGCUGGCCCGCACAGUGCCGCCCACGGCUUGGCCGGCCAUGCGUGCGGCGCCGCCUUGGGCGCCGCGGUGGGGCUGCUGCUAGUCGCGGGAGCGCGAGGGCCGCGUUCUCGCCGCGGUGUGCGGGGUGGCGGUGCCACUGCGCGCCAAGCGGCGCUGAUGCCGUGGAAGAUCCCCAACACGUCCAGGUGGCAGUGGCUGAGCGUGAGGGAGUUGCUGCUGCGCGAGCGCAUCCUAUUCAUCGACAGCUACAUAGACGACAACUGUGCGAACGCGACCCUGGCCAUGCUGCUGUACCUGCAGAGCGAGGACGCCACGAAACCGAUCCAGAUCUACUUCAACGUGCCUGGAGCUAUGCUUCAGCCCUCCCUGGCAAUCUACGACACACUGAAACAGCUACAGGCCAAAGGCUGCAAGGUCACGACCGUGGUAUUCUCGCUGUGCAGCGGCAUGGGUGCAUUUCUUGCUGCCGCAGGCACAAAGGGCCGCCGAUUCGCGACCCCGAACUCCAUCUUCCGUAUCUCCAAGACGGGGCUGGCAAGCCCAGUCCAGGGACAGGCGUCCGAGAUAGAAUUGGAGGCUACGCAGAUGCUGAAGGAGGCCGCGGUCGUAGAGAACGCCCUGGCGGAGAUGACAGGAAAGCCGUUGGAGGAGAUACAGAAGGACCUGGGUCGUGACUUCUAUUUGGAUGCGGAGAAGGCCGUAGGGUACGGCCUCAUUGAUAAGGUGAUGAAGUCGCCAAACAAGCGCGAUCUGAAUGCGGGUCAACGCGACCCUUGGAGUGGCCAGGUCACGUCGGAGAAGGUGGGCUUCGGCGUUUUUGCUGAUCCAAACCAGCCGCGCACCGCCACCGACAACAAGACCCCCGGAGACGUGGGCAGCGAGUCCUAGAAAGGCAGUGAGGGGCGGCCCCGAUCAGGCAGGCUCGGCUGCUGAGCAUGCUGGAUCUAUGAGCCCACGCGUUCGCCGUUCUCCCAUCCCGUGAAGCAAAAGGGGGGUAUGUCACUAAGGUGGGCUGGGCACGGUCGGCUUUCGGCGGUACAGUGCUUGGCCACCUCCACUGCGUGGGGCCUCGGCCUAGGUCGGAGGUCGUCGGACGAGAUCGAAGGGAAGCGGAGUCGCCCAACCGGAAGUCGGUUUCGAUUUCGGUUCGCGUCGUGCUUGCGGGCGAGGCGAAGCUGCACGAGAG